GUCACAUAAGCUGUGUGUGUUUGACGUAAACGUGCCAUCAGUCGUGUUAUAUUGAUUGAGAAAAAAAUACUUAUCUACAUAUUUUUAUUCUAUGAUUUUGUCGAUUUCGGGGUGAAUUUAAGCUAAGAAACAAAAAUAAAAUAUCAUAGUUCAAUUUUUUUUAUCAAAUAUGUAUAAUUUUAAUGAAAAACAUAACACCUUCCUAAGGCAGUCGGUUAAAAGCUGAUAAAACCUAUUUUAGUUCUGGCCACAUCCUGGUCGCUUGCUAUUGGCAACCGUUGUGUCAACAAAACUUUUUUGUUUACAAAUGUCUAAUGGCGACAAAUUUGAAGUUGUUUCGCGUUUGUGUUACGUUAUAGUGGUUAUUUUAGCUUUAAUUCGCCAUAAUAGUGUUUUAAAACAAUGGGGAAUUGUUUAGCGGGCAUAUUGCGACGUCGGCGCGUUCGACGUCACAUAGUUCUGAUACUAAUUGGACUGGACAACGCCGGCAAAACUCAAACAGUUAAUAACUUAACUGGCGAAAAUGAUGACAAGAUUUUACCUACAGUGGGUUUUAAAGCUGUUAAUUUAAUACACAAAGACACCCCUGUGACCAUAUACGAUUUAGGCGGCGGGCCGCAUUUUAGGCAAAUAUGGCCGCAAUAUUACAGCGAAGUUCAUGGCGUGAUUUUUGUGAUAGAUUCAAGUGAUUUUUCCCGUUUGGACGAGUGUCGGGAAGUCUUGGAGGAAGUCCUUUCUCAUGACAAGAUCUCAGGCAAACCAGUCCUUGUCCUAGCUAAUAAACAAGAUAAGAACGGCGCGCUGGACGACAUUGAUGUGGUCGAGAAGUUGAAUAUUGAACCUUUGGUCAACAAAUACAGAUGUCCAACCCUCGUUGAAUCCUAUUCGGCAUUUCAACAGCCGAAAAAUUCAAAAAAACCGAAAAUCGACCCGGGCCUGCGCAAGGGUUACCACUGGCUCCUAAACUUCAUAGUGAGACGGUACGGCGACAUAAACUUGCGCGUACAAACAGACAUACACGCAGACUUGGAACGUCGCAAACGUAUGGUGAAAUCAAAAUCGUCGCAGACCAGCACUAUAGACGAUAUAGUCUCACAAACAGGCUUUGAAAAUCCAAAUUUUGGUGUCGAGACAGAUUUGGAGAAAGGUUUGAUAGUAGUCAAGCCGAUAACUAAAAGCGGAGAUACAACUGUGACAAUAGACAGCGGUGAUACAGACAACACUAGCAAUAAACCAAAACUUUCACCUCUUUUUGGACGAGCUAGCAAUAGUUCGGUAACAGAGACUGUGAGGAUAGAAUUGGAGCCGCGCACAGAAUUCCGCAAGCUGUCCCCUUUAGUGAGGAGCAAGAAUGAGGCGAACCACAUCGACUUCCAGAAUAGACCGCAGUCCAGCCCCUCUUUUACUAAAAAGCAAAAGUCGAGCCAAACAAGCAACUCCAGCCACUCGAAGAGUUCAUCGUUCCAGUCGGACAAGUCCAUACAGAGCGCGGCCGCGUGCGGCGACGGGAACCGAACCUGGGACGCGCCCGCGCGGCUGCGCGCGCUGCUCCGCGACGAACCGCGGGAGAGGGACUACACAAACAAAACAGUGUCGUCGUGCAUGACUCUGUCCCUCCCGCCGCCCGUGGAGACGGCGCGGCCCGCGUCCGCGUCGCAACUAGUGCGCCGACAACUGGAGCUGUCGGCGCAACACAAGAGGAGACUCAGUCUAAGAUACGUGCACCGUAACAAGACGAGUCCGGAACGGCUGUCGAUGAUGUACGAGCCGAAAGCGCAGCAGAGACAUCUGGACAAAGGGGACUUCUCCCACGCCGCUACCAUAAACUGACAAGGUGCAAGAAAUUGAAUAAAUUCUUCAUAAUAUAGGUGUUCACGGUAGUUGAUUAGUUUUGUACGAAUAAAUAUAUUAUUUCGCUGGCAACCAUACACUCCUUACAGCAUCAUACCGAUAUAAUAGCACGUCUUUGUCCCUUACGGGGCAGACAGAACUAGGAGUUGCCGAGAUAAAUUCGUUGAUUGAUAUGCCAAGAUAAAUUCGUUGAUUGAUAAACUCGACACUGUUUAGCUGUUGUGGUCAUAAUGUUGUUCUCGGCUGUGAUGCUCAGAAGCCUUUAGGUAUACGUGAAAAAUACGCUUUAACAUUUUGAAGAUUCUGUUGUGAUUUUACAACCGGCCGCCUGCCUGACGUCAACCCUCUUUGGGAAUGUUAUUGUUUCCUGUCAGCUGCCUAGGCUGUGUGUCCCUCAGUCGCCUCGUACUACAUCCACAAGAUAUGGAGUGGUCCUAUUCUCUAGGGUCCACACAUCACACACACGAAUUAUUCGAAACAAAUUUUCGAAUAACAGUAAUCAGAAGGCCUACUACGAAACACACAACACGUAGCACGUUACUAACGUCCACAUGCUGUCUGUUUUUCUCAUCGUGGACGCAAUUACGUGCUACGUGUUUUACGUUUCAUCGUAGCCCCCCCCCCCAGAAGGGAGUGCCGCAGUGUUGCCAACAUCACCAAAAUGUACACAAUUUAUAAAUAUAUGUAGCGUCGUAAUGUUCGGAGAAGGAAAAACUGUUUUGUUUUGUCAAUUCAACGAUGUAAAUACUGAAUAUUUAAAAGAAAUAAGACCAAGGACAAUAAUUUAAUUUGCCGGUAGGGCGCUGAUGUGGUGAAGGGUUGUUUUUAAAGAAAUUGCGUUUGUGUUGUGCAUACGGUAUACGGACGCAAUACAAAAAGUAAUUUUUAAGGUUCCGCUGUCCGUCCGUCUGUCACCAGGCCGUAUCUCAUGAACCGUGAUGUUAUACAAUUGAAAUUUUCUCAGAUGAUUUCUGUUGCCGCUGUUAUAAGAAAUAUUAAAAACAGAAUUUAAUAUGUAAAGGAGCGCUCCCAUAAUACAAACGUUACUUUCUUUGCAGUGUUUAUAGAUUAUGGUACGGAACCCUUCGUUCACGUGUCCGACUCGCACUUGGCCGGUUUUUUCUCAUUAUCUUUGGUCUCAUUUACAUAACAAUAUUAUUGUAGUCACACUUUAGUCAAUAGUUAUAAGUCGUUGAAACUUGAGAGUUUAUACAGGGUGAUACAUACAAUAUUUAGAAUAGUGAUACUAUAUAAUCUACUAUUUCUAUUUACUGGUUUGUUUGUUUUUGAAGAGUGAACAAUGAUGUGUAAAUUUCAAGUAUUACUUAUAUAAUUUCAAGUGUCGAAAACGUAUUAAAAUUAUUUACCCUUUUUUUGAGCAUUCUCGAAAUUAAAUUCUGAGAAAUCAAAUUAUUUGUUUAUAUGAAACUUUCAACAGUGGUAUAGGUAUUUAAUUAUAUAAAAAUAUUUUUUUACAUUAUCAGAAGUGCAGCAUAAUCGAUGGAACUGAGCAGAUUUUUAAAGAAAUCUUUGAAAUGCCGCCCUCCACACUGUCACCGAACUCUGACACAUUCCCACCCGAAUGCACAUACAUUGCGUGGUUUUGUGAGAGUUAUUAAUCGCAAUUAAAGACCAGCAAUGUGCGUUGAAUCCGCCAAAGUUUGUCUACAGUGUGGAGCCGGCAUACAAAUUAAAAAUUUGAAAUUACUUAUUAUUUCACUAUAAACGGAAACUCCUUUAUUGGACCAUAUUCUUUAUCUGAGCGCUUUCCCGGUUCCCUCAGCCAUUGAGCGUCGGAGCCCAGGGUCCGCCUUUAUUUGAGAUAGUUUUAUGGUUAAAGGCUUAAAAAUUUCCAUGUGCUUUGAAAUCACACUAAACAGUCACUAUUGUUUCAAAAUUCUAACUCUUCAAAAAUUGCAAACGAAAAUGUAUCAAAGAAUUUAUACUUACAAAAUAGUAUAAUUUUGUAUUUUGUCUACGUAAAUAAGUUUCUUAAUAAAAAUUCAUUAUACAAUG